AUGCCGGCCAGGGACCUACCCAAGGCGUUCCAAGACAUGAAUAAGAAAUACGGAGAGGUUGUGUAUCUUGACGUCUUUGGACAGCCCAUGGUUGUACUGGGGACACACGAGAGCGCAGUGGAACUGCUCGAGAAACGCUCAGCGAACUAUUCCGACAGGAUGCACUCGGUCAUGGCCGCCUUGUCGGGAUGGGAGUGGGCCCUGCCGCUCAUUCCAUACGGGCUGUUCUGGCGACGCAACCGGCGUGCUUUUCACGAAUUCUUCCACCCUGGCAUCGUUCCGGAUUACCGAACCAUCCAACUGGAGGCCGCUCGCGGGCUCCUCCGCCACCUACUUCAGGAUCCGACGCACUACACGGAACACAUCAGAUACGCGUUCGGGUCGAGCAUCAUGCGUAUCUCGUACGGCAUCGAUGUCGACAAGGAGAAGGUUCCGUACCUAACCAUUGCCGAAGACGCGAUGCAAACGUUCUCCGAUGCCUUCGUUCCCGGAAAGUAUCUAGUCGAGACGUUCCCGCUGUUGCGAUUUCUCCCGUCAUGGUUCCCUGGCACGAAGUUCAAGCGGGAAGGCACGGCUUGGACCUCAGUCGUGAACAGGCUACGGGAUACCCCGUGGGACGCGACUGUCGCCGCGAUGCGAGAAGGCACCGCGCUUCCUUCGAUCGUCACAGCUUGGACGGAGCGAGCCUCGGAGAUGGAAGACUAUGCGCCCGCCGACGAAGAUGAAGUGACCAAGAAUACCGCGGCUACCGCAUACGCAGGUGGCUCUGACACCAUGUUGUCGACGAUCCUUAGCUUUCUGCUCGCCAUGGCAUCUUACCCCGAAGUGCAGAAGAAGGCUCAGGCGGAGCUUGACGACGUGGUCGGCGCACAUCGGCUUCCGGACUUCGAGGACGAAGAGUCGCUGCCGUACAUAUCCGCGAUUCUGAAGGAGUGCGUGCGCUGGCGGGUCGUCUUGCCGCUCGGACUUAUUCACCGGUCGCUCGAGGACGACGUCUACCGCGGGUACUUCAUUCCGAAGGGGACGCAUGUCGUGCCGAAUGCUUGGGCGUACACUCGCGAUCCGCGGCAUUAUCCCGACCCCGAGGAGUUCAUCCCAGAACGAUUCUUGAAGGACGGAAAGCUAAACCUCGCGGUUCAAGAUCCUGGAGAUAUCAUCUUCGGUUAUGGACGUCGCGUAUGCCCUGGGCGUCAUUUCGCGGAGGCAGCCCUCUUUGCGAUCGUCUCGUCCGUACUGCACACCUUCGAUAUAACCGGUGCCCGGGACGAGCACGGCAAUCCGGUGCGUCUCGAGGUCAAAAUGACAGAAGGUGUUCUAUCGUGA